CCCUGCACUUUUGUCGUCUUAUAACAGGAUUUCUCACUGGCGCGAAAAAACGCACUGCGCGGCUUCUCUUUCACAGGACAACCGCCUGCUUCCUGUUUGCCGUCUUUACAAAGAACUCACUUCAAAACAAAGAAACGCAGCUUCACGUAUGGACUCUACCGGUGGGAAUUGUCAAUGACCUACAUUUACUCGGUUUAAAAGGAUUCCAUAACCCUAAAGGAGGAUUGUUUAAUCAGCGCGAACAAUGGAGUUGGACUGUUACCAGCACUAUUUCUUCGAUGACUUUGACACAGAAGAGGAUUUUUACAAGUCAACCGCACCGAGUGAGGGCAUUUGGAAAAAGUUCGAGCUGCUGCCCACCCCUCCCAUGUCGCCAACCCGGACUCUGCAGGGCGGGGAUGAAUGCAUGUCGCCGGGAGACAAACUGAGCUGGUUGUCCAAAGUCCUGGGUCAGGACGAGGAGUACGAGGGCGAGGGCUUGUUCGGCAACCUCAGCUCCAUCAUCAUCCAGGACUGCAUGUGGAGUAGUUUCUCUACCAGCAAGCAGCUGGAGAAGGUGACCGGGAGGCAGUUGGCACCGCCCCAGCGACCCGGAGCUGCUCCCGCGGGGACACAAGCACACCCGAGGCCGAGCAAAGCGCAGUGCGUCUCGGCCGGCGCUCCGCUCCCCACGUCGGCGGCAGACUGCGUCGACCCUGCGGCGGUUCUCACCUACCCGACCAGCAGCUGCAGGAAGCCGGCGUCGUCUGGCUCCGAGUCUCGGUCCGACUCCUCCGAUGAUGAAGAGGAAAUUGAUGUUGUCACCGUGGAGAGCAAACACAACCAAGCCCGGCCAGCCAGUGUCCGUAAGCCAGUGACUAUCACAGUCCGUGCUGACCCCUGUCCCAGACGCUUCCACGCGUCCGUGCACCGACAGCAGCACAACUAUGCCGCACGCUCCCCAGACAGUGGGCCUGAACCCGAUGAGGACGACGAUGACGAGGAUGAUGAUGAUGAUGAUGAGGAGGAGGAAGAGGAGCUCCAAAGUAAACGUAUGUGUUGUCCGAGAUCCAGUCAGCCCACCUCUCCCUUAGGAAGCCCUUUGAACUCUGACACGGAGGACACGGACCGCAGGAGGAAUCACAACUACCUGGAGAGGAAGAGGAGGAACGACUUGAGGUACAGGUUCCUCGCAUUACGGGAUCAGAUCCCGAGUCUGCAGUCAGCCAAGACCCCUAAAGUGGCCAUCCUGACCCACGCCACGGAGUACCUCACAGAGCUUCACGCCAGGGAGAAGCGACAGCUGCAAGAGCGCAAACGCCUCAAAGCUCGACAACAGCGUCUUCUUCGCAGGUUAUCUGCAUUGAAGCGUUGUUGAAACUUCCAAAGAGACAUUUUAAAGCCACCCUUUUUAUAUGACAACAGGCCUCAAUGCGAACAGUUGUAUUCGGAAUAAUCUCAUUUAAGACUGGACUUCUUGAUUUGAUCUCGUCAUUGAUCUUUGUGUGCCUGUUUUUUUUGCACAGUUUUUUUAAAGCGAGGUAAAAACAACGA